CGCCAGACAGGAGACAGGGAGAACGUCCACCGAACGGGUGCGUGCCACGAGAGAAUACUACAAGACCUUCCUUCCCUGAGGCACUAGAACUGGCCUCGAAGUACGACUCUACCCCCGGCAGCCGGUGUAGUGUCAGGUGUGUACGUUUGUGUCUAUAUGUGCUGUUCAUGGCGGCCACACACGCACUGCACUGACGUGAUGCUGUCUGUACAAACAUGCACAUUGCAUACACCCCUCCCCCCGCCGUCGCUCGAUCAUCUCUGUACAGGUGGUUUGAGAUAUCUGUCAUGUGCUGACUGGGAUGUACAGGAUUAAGUGAGUCCCUCACCCACUCAAUCUUGUACAUGCCUGUCCCCACAUGACAGAUAUCUCAAACCACUUUGUCAGCUGCGGGAGUAAUCUGCUUCAUGGGAGAGGGGAUCGACCGCUGGUAGGGGUCCAGCACAUGGAUGCCGCGCUUCCAAUCCAACGCACGACCCCUGCACUCAUGCCCAUGCAUCCAUCAAACACAAAGUGUGUGGUGUCUUGAUGGCCGGCUAAGUGGCUGACCUGCUGGGCGAGGCGACGAAGGGCGACCUGGACACCUCGGGGAAGUGGUGGUGCUUCAUCUGGUACAUCAGCAAACUCCCUGGUGAACGGACACGAUACCAAGCUCCCACGUGUUGGUUUGGCGCAUGUGUGUAUGUGAUGUGAUGUUUCUUCUUCCGACCUGACACAGCGACGUCGAGAUUGCGCAUGUCGAAGUCGGGCAGGUCGACGGGAUGCUGUGGACACAACGACUGACUGUGACAGCUGAGCUGCCUGCCUGCCUGCAUGGCUGACCUCUAUCCUGAGCUUGCGCGCCUUCUGGGGUAUCCCAAACGGCGCAUAGUACUCCUCACGCACCAUCAGACACACACCUAAUCGACACACGCGCAGAAGCUGGUAAAGAAAUGCAAUUACUCUUCCUCUCCCGCACCCGUAUCUGCGCAUACCUCUUUCCUUUGUGAAGUCCUGCUGCGUGAUGUCUGCGCCGCGGUAGUGCGCCGCCGUCAGGCACAGCUUGUAAUGGUCCACGAACUUCAUCAAGUCGUCCAGGGUCCCAUACCUGCACGCCAUAAAACAGCGAGCAAAGCGAUCCAUCAAUUCGCUGUGUGGCUGUGUACCUGUGUGGCAGGUAGAACAGUGCGCCCUGCGAUGCCCUGAUGGCGUCAUGGUGCAGCGGGUCCACACACGUGGGCAAGAAGAAGGCACCGUGCCAAUGCAUCGACACCUGCACACACACGCACACACACAGAUACAUAUGUCCAAGGACGAUGAUGAUGUACGCCAGGCAGCUUACCGCAGACCGCAGGAGUGUGCCGAGCAGUGCAGGGUCCUCAAUGUAAUCGAACACCAGCAUCAACCUGCACACAACACAACACACGCAUACAAUACAUUCUCCCUCCUCCCAUGCGGCCCAUAUCUGGCUGGCUGGCUGGCUGGCUGGCUCGCUGACAGACUGACCGUGGGUCGCCGAAGGCGUCUGUUGGUGCGGGCAUGUCGAUCUCGCCGACGAUGCCGCCGUCGAACGACUUGAGGUGCGCCACGCGCCGCAGCAGCUUCUGAUCCACCUGGUACCACCCACCCUCCUCCAUCCAAAUGCCAUGGUCACUCGGCAGCGCAUCUCUGCACGCAAACAAACGAGAGAGGGAGGGAGGGAGGGAGGGAGGGACAUUCAUCGUGGGGGGAAGGUUCUCUCUGCGUUAAUGAAUGCGUACGUGGUGAGGACGCGCUUGAAGACGUAUUUGUCGCUGAGUUCUCGCAGGAGCUUCCAGCCCGACACCACACAGGUCUCCUUGCGCAGCCGAUAGCUCCUGUUGGUGCUCAGCUUCAUCAAGUGCUCGAUGACGGGAUCAUGCGCAGACACGAUCUUCCUCUUGCGUGGUGGGCCGGUGGCCGUCACGGCCCUGCUGAGGGCCGACAGCUCAUCGGUUGAUGGCGGGGUAGCAUUGCGGCGAUGCCCUGGCGUCAGAUCUUUGGGCAGAUGGGCGAACUUCUUGUAUACAAUGCGCGAUGCUGUGCGGGACGACAUCUCGAUUGAUGAGUUAUGCUGCACCACCAGAACAGAUGACGUAAGGAAUGACUUCCCUCGGCG